AUAAGAGUAAAAUAAGGAGGUACUUAUUUACCAAGUAUGGGGAUCUGAGGCCAAGACAUAACGCCAUGUUGUUUUUCCUCGACAUGAAGCGGGAAGAGGCAGAAAUUUGCCAAAUUAAUGGAUAGUUUCCGCCAUUCUAGUGAGGUUGGUCGUGCCUCAUCUAUCGUGUCAGGAAACUUAGGAAGAAAUGUGGAGGGUGCAAUAGAAUCACCAGUCCUUCUCCAUGGCCAAGUGGUUAUGUCAACUGCUAAAGGAGUCAUGGAGGAGGAUUCACAAAUGAUUAUAGAUGGUUCACAAGGGGUGGUGAUGGAAGGCACCCAGAUGGUUAUGGCAGGCUCACCAGUAGUGAUGAAAGCAGAGAUGCAAGAUUCCCCAACAGUUAUGAUGGAGGAGCCAGGGGUUAUGAUGGAAGACACAGACACUACAGGAUUUGAUGAUUCUGUUUUGCAAAACCCUUCUUGUCAUGAUCGUGGGGUGAACAAUUCUGUUAUUAUUAAAGAAGAAGAUUUACAGGACAGUCAGUAUGGCCACAAUCGGCAAAUAUUGGGACUAGCUGAUGAUGAAGCAACACAAAGGGAUGAGAUCAGUUCUGUCAUUAGGAAUAGCAGUGAGCUUGAGACAAACCAAGAAGGUGAAAUGCUACUUCGAAACUUAGUGAAUGAAACUUUCCACUCUUCUCCAAAUAUGACUCAUGGUAACGAUAAUAUUAUUGUUACCACCAGCACAAUCACCACCAAUGCUGUUGAGGGUAUGCAGCAUGCCUUAACAUCCCCUAAUGUAGUACAAGGGGCAGUAAUGAAUAACAUCUCAGUACUGCCUGCCAGUAUAUCAUCAACCAACACUCCGACCAGAAUAGUGGUACAAACAAAUCAAGUUUCUCCUGUCAAAGCUAAUGCUGGACACUUCCUCAUACAAGUGGGGGGCACUCCAGUUAGUGUAGCCCACCCACAAAUGUUAACAGUAGGAAAUAAGAACCAUAUUGUUAUCCGAGCGGGAGCCAAUCAAUCUGGUCAGACUCCCAUUGGCCAAGAGGAAAUUGAUGGCUCAGGGCAAGGUAGUAUCUUCAAAGUUAUAAUACCUGAAGGCACUACCAAAUACACAAAAGCAACUUCAGUACCCAUAAGUCAAAAUGAACCCGUGAGGAAGCAUGUCCAAAUCAACCUUUCAGAUGGAUCUGCGAAGAAACAAGUGAGAUACGUCUCCAACACAUCCCAGACACAGGAGGUGUAUGAGGAAGAAACCCUCAGAGCGUGUGAUAAAAUUGAAAACAAGAGACUCUAUACAUGUCAAACAUGUAACAGUAAAUUUAUGAGACCAUUGUACUUAAGAAAGCACAUGAGAAGCUGUAAGAAGGAGGAAGUAAAGGUAGAAAAAUCACCUCUUUACAUGUGUUCAUUCUGCAAGAUGACAUUUAAGACUCGACCUCAGAUCUCUCAGCAUUUUCUGAAAUGCUAUCAUAGUCCAUACCGCAAAAAAACAGCACUUAAGAGAAAGGGAGAUGAGGUCGAACCAGAGACUACACCUCCCAAGAGAGGGAAGAUUGAGACACUUGAGAUUGACCCAGCGCUUGAACAAGCUGUGCAGUUUAGAUGUCAGGACUGUGAUCGUACCUUCAGCAAGGAGCGCCAGUAUAGCAGCCAUAUUAAAAAGUGCACCAAAGUCUCCGUGCAUGAUCUCUCUGGAGCAAGAGUGGAGGUGAAAGGUGAAGAGGAGGAGGAGGAGGAACCAGACUCUCAGGAAGAUCCAUUUGCUGACCCAGAUCCUCAACCACCUCAGUCUAAAAGACGCCGUGGUCCUGGGAGGAGAGGGCGGCCUCCUGGGAGAGGUGGUCAUAGUUCCUCUAGAACAACAGCUAGAAAUUCUUCACAACUUUUUGAGGGAGCAUUUCCUGUAGCCAACUCCCGUGGCCUUUUGGUGGCUGAUAAUGAAGGUUUAGUUCGGAGCACAACAGGUUUGGCUCACACUGUACAACUUAGCCUGGAGACAGCAAGUCAAGAAGGACAACCUCAGCCAACUGCUCUGGUAGCAGAUUCUAAGGGCGUUCGAGGGCGGGAGAAGCCCCCACAGGCUUGGUCACUAGUUUGUGCCCUCUGUCAAAAGAUGUUUAUUACCAAAGCUGCUCUUGCACACCAUGUUAUGUCAGAACAUGGCGCAGAUCUAAUACAUACUCGGAAUAUUCUUGAUGGCAAGAUCAAGGAUGACCAGCCUCUCUUUAGAUGUCCAGUUUGCAGUCUUAAUUAUCAGACAGAAGACCAGUUCAUAGAGCACAUGGUUCUUCAACACACAUCCCGAUUGCAAGAAACAUUUACUCGUCUUCAGGGGCAGACAGCGACAUAUGUGUGUUCCCUCUGUUCUCUUGUACUACUAACAAAAAACUUGUUAGUAGAGCAUAUGAGCCUUGUUCAUUUAGAUGAAUUGGAUUCAUUAGCCCAGGGAGACACACACGUUGAAAUUCCAUCCAAAGUUACCAAAACUUACGCAGUACCACCAGUUAAUGUGAAAAAAGAGGUUGAAGAAUCUUACUAUGAAGAAAAUUUGGGUUUGAAAGAAAGUAUCCAAGGAAAUUUGAAACGGGAGAAUGCUGAAGACUCGGCCUUGGAGUGUGGCUUCUGUGGUGAAGAAUUAGCUACUCAGGAAGAUAUGGUUGACCACUAUAUUGAAUGGCAUGGAGUAGAAACUGACGAGGAUGGUUGCCUUCUGGAUUUAGGUAUUGAUGUAGAUAUCAGAGUAAAGGAUACUAAGGGUCUGUUACAACUCGCUGAUGGGCGUGUGGAUGACAGCGUUCCUGAGAAAACUGUCCUCAUUCGCAAAAAACCCAGACAGAGUUGGCAGUGUAAGGUGAGAUCGCCUAACGACAAUUUGAUUUUGUUUAAAAUGGAAGAAGUCCAUAAUAUUGUAGUGCCCAGAGAAUUCAAAACUUUUAAAAACCUUGAACUGUUCUACCAGUGGCUGACUGGUGAAGAAAAGAAAUAUAAUGUACGUUACAUAAGAGAUACAACUCGCAUUGAGAAGAAUGACAUGAAGCUCAUCCAGAUGGUGUGUCAUAGAUUCCAUACAGCUAAAAUUGAUCAGUCGAAAGAGAAACGAGACAGUGAAACAGAGAGCGACUCCCCUAAUAAACAGAAGCGAAGGUGGUUUGUUAGAAUACAACGAUCGAGCAACUGCCAUGCUCGUAUCCACCUAAAAGUGCAGUACAAUACUAUAACUCAGGACUAUGAUGGAGAAACACAAAUGGUGUACUAUCCUCAGCACACACACACUGAAGUGGAUCAUCCACAGGAACUUAUGAAUCGUAUCAUGGAAAGGCAUGCCAGAGACAAAUCAAAUUACCUUUCUAGAAAUGGUAACCGCAAACGAUUUAAACAAUUUAGCCCACAUCUGUCACGAGGAACAGUUAGCAAAAGCAAAGGUGGUAAUAGUGAUGUUGGACUGGAAGAAUUAUUAGUUGCAACAGGUGAGGAGAGAGAAGUGACUGGUCAGCAAGUAGUGACGCAAGGGACACUGAAACUUGAAGGUUCAGUGAAACUUGAAGGUUCAGCACUGACUGUUGAUCAGUACAUGAAAGAAUUUUGUCAAACGCAACUGGAAGGAGAAGUUGAUGGAACAUCAUUGGUGGUUUCAACUAGUGGAGCUACUGGAGCAUCAUCUACUGUCCGCCAAGCUGGUAGGCAACAUGGGACAUCUGCUGUCCUUAUGGAAGGCGAUGAGACAACUUUAGAAACACCAGCAAUGUUUGUGGACAGUGAUAGUCAGUCAGCAGUGUUAGUUGAAAGUGGGGAGCCUGGCACAUAUGUAGUUCAGGAUGGAAUGGUGAGUGUGUCUCAAGGAGAAGCUAGCCAAAAAGAGGAUGGUACAGAAGAAUACGUACUACCUGCAGAUGAAGCAGAGUGGACCAAGUUGUUCGAUGUUCUCCGUCUCAGGUUGAUGACUUCAGAACUCAGUGAACAGGAAAAGAGGGAUGGGGAAAGUUUAUUGUCUUAUCAAAAUGUUAUAUCAUACUUGCCACUGACAGAGCAGGUCACUAUAUUUCAACAGCUCUGUCUUUUGACUAACACAGCUAUUGAAACUGCUGAGUAAGGCCUUAUACCUUCAUUUUAUAUUGGCAUAUACAGUAUAUUCAUUUUUUAAAUGCAAAAUAUUUAAAUUAAAUUGAAAUUAAUAUAUGACUCUUAUUGUUUCUGAGUUAUAAAGUCUCAUAUGUACAAAUGAAAAGAUAAUAGUUAAUUUUCAUAAUUUAGCUUGAAAUUUGCCAUUGAAUUAUGCUGGUUGUUAAGUGGAUCUUAUAAAAUUUUUGUAAAUUUUGUUCAUUAGUAAAAGCUUAGAACAGUUUCAGUUUUGCACAAAUUGUAAAUAAAUUCAGUCAGUAACAAUAAAUUUCCAUAUAUAUACCUAAAUGGCUUUAAUAAUAGUUGUAAAAGCACUGAUUUGCAAAGUGUUUAUGAAAUGUAAAUAUCCAUAAAUAUAUUUUUAUGUAUUAAUCAAGAUUAGGUCAUUUAGGUGAUAAUGGAAAUGACGCAGUAUAUUAAUAGUUCUGUGCACCAAUCUUUGAUAUGUAAAUAGCAGAUAUUAAUUAAAUGUGUUCUUCAGUAAUAUUGAACAAGAGAAGGCUGUGUUGAUAUAGGUAUAAAGCAAUGUUGUAAAUGUAUGAAAGGCUCAAUAUUAGUGAUAACCACAUUAUGUUAUGAUAUAAAUUUGUUGAGUAUUGUUAUGCUCAUUUAUGAAUGAAGAGUUAAGAUUUUUACCUGAAACUAUCUUGUUAAUUUCUCCAAAAAUUCCUAGAUUGUGACAUCCGAGCAGAAUUGGUUAUUAGGAAAUGCUAGUUUCUUCCACACUUUAUAUUCAUCACAAGGACAUUCACAAUUGGCUGAUAUAUUUUCAUUAUUUUCAUGUACUUUCCUUUCCCAGAGAUUUGAACACGAAGUCCUAGUGAAUCAGAGUACCUGAUACCUGUGCUCUUGUAUUGCAAGUGCUAAGCUUAUUGCUUGGUUGCUUUUAUGUAUAGUUGUAAAAAGACACAAAUCUAUUUGCCUGUCAAGUACCUGCUAAAGAAAUAUUAAAUCCA